AUGGCAGCUCCACAAGGGGGUUACCCUCCCCAGGAAGGGUACGCCCAACCAGGCUAUGGCUCACCGGAUCCCGCACAACAGCAACAGGAAGCCCCCCAACAGGGACACCUAGCUGCAGCUGGAAAGAAGAAGCGAGCAUACGCUGGCCAAGCAUUUGAGUUUGGUGCAGGUGCCAAUGCUGCGCUUGGAGGACAACCCGUCGCUGGAGGCGCCUACGACGCCUACCCUCAGCAACCCCAACCCAUGGGAUACCAGCAACCCGCAUACGGUGCAGACCCAUCCCAGAUGCAACAGCCACUGGCACCUGCUCCGGAUGUUGCACAAAUGACCAACCAAUUCGGUGGAAUGGAAUUGGAUUACCCCCCUCCUCCCAUUAUUCUGCCCCCCGGGACCAGUGUUUACCCAUCCCCCACGGCCAACUGCCCCACAAAAUAUAUGCGAUCGACCUUGAAUGCAGUUCCGACAAAUAACUCCCUCCUUAAGAAGUCCAAGCUGCCCUUCGCUCUGGUCAUUCAGCCCUAUGGCGCACUCCACGACUCAGAGGACCCCAUUCCUGUGAUCCCCGACCAGGUUAUCUCACGAUGCAGACGCUGUCGCUCUUACAUCAACCCAUUCGUCACUUUCCUCGAUCACGGCCACCGCUGGCGUUGCAAUAUGUGCAACCUUACCAACGAUGUACCACAGGCAUUUGAUUGGGACUCGACUUUGCAGAAGCCCGCAGACCGUUCUUUGCGUGCCGACUUGAACCACAGCAUGGUCGAGUUUGUUGCUCCUCAAGAAUACAUGGUCCGCCCCCCUCAACCACUCGUAUACCUUUUCCUGCUCGAUGUCAGCUAUUCUUCCGUGGCCAGUGGUCUGUUGGCCACCACUGCACGCUGCAUUAAAGAGAGUCUUGAUCGCAUUCCAAAUGCAGACCGACGAACCCGCCUUGGUUUUAUCGCAGUCGACUCCAGCCUGCACUACUUCAGCAUUCCCCGAGAUGGCUCUGAAAGCUCUGAUGCCCGUAUGCUGGUUGUCAGCGACCUCGAUGAGCCUUUCCUGCCCAUCCCUACCGACCUUUUGGUGACACUUAGCGAAUGCCGGGAGAACGUGGAGACUUUCCUCGAUAAGUUGCAGGAGAUGUUCCAAAACACCCAGAACAACAACUGCGCCAUGGGAUCGGCUCUGCGGGCUGGUUACCAGUUGAUCUCCCCCGUGGGUGGUAAGGUCAUCGUUCUGAGUGCGUCGCUUCCUAACAUUGGUCACGGUGCUCUUACCAUGCGUGAGGACAAGAAGGUGCUCGGUACGAGCAAAGAAUCGAGUCUUCUCCAAACGGGCAACUCUUUCUACAAGAGCUUUGCCGUCGAAUGCUCCAAAGCCCAAGUAUCGGUGGAUAUGUUCCUUUUCUCCUCCCAAUACCAGGAUGUUGCCUCAUUAAGCAACUUGCCUCGUUACACUGGUGGUCAGACUUACUUCUACCCCGGAUGGAGUGCUGCACGAAAGGAGGAUGCUAUCAAGUUCGCACGCGAGUUCUCCGACCACCUGUCAUCCGAAAUCGGAUUGGAGGCUGUUCUCCGUGUUCGUGCCACUACUGGUCUCCGCAUGAGCACCUUCUACGGAAACUUCUUCAACCGCAGCUCCGAUCUCUGUGCUUUCCCAGCUUUCCCCCGUGACCAGGCUUACGUUGUUGAGGUGGCUAUCGAUGAGACAGUGACCAAGCCAGUGGUGUGCCUGCAGGCCGCCGUUCUUCACACCACCUGCAAUGGCGAGCGUCGGAUUCGUGUCCUUACGCUGGCACUCCCCACUACUCAGAACCUGGCCGAUAUUUACGCCUCAGCCGACCAGCAAGCCGUGGCAACCUUCUUCAGCCACAAGGCUGUUGAGCGUACUUUGAGCAGUGGUCUUGAGCCGGCUCGUGAGGCUCUACAGGCUAAGGUUAUCGAGCUUUUGACCACCUACCGCAAAGAACUUGCCGGUGGUAGUGUGAGCGGCGGUGGUCUCCAGUUCCCAGCCAACCUCCGCGGUCUGCCCGUCUUGUUCCUUUCCAUGAUCAAGAAUCUCGGUCUUCGCAAGUCUGCCCAGAUUCCGACGGACAUGCGGUCUGCCGCAUUGUGUCUCUUGUCGACUCUGCCCCUGCCCCUUCUCAUCCAAUACAUUUACCCUAAGAUGUACUCCCUACAUGACAUGCCCGACGCUGCGGGUGUACCGGACCCCCAGACCGGAGAGAUCAUUCUUCCCCCCGCAAUCAACCUGUCCUCUCAGCGUCUCGCCGCGUACGGUCUAUACCUGAUCGACGACGGACAGACCCAGUUCUUGUGGGUCGGCCGCGAUGCGGUGCCCCAACUGAUUGAGGAUGUGUUCGGUGUGCCCGACCGUGGUCAGUUGCGGGUGGGCAAGCAGAUCCUGCCGGAGAUUGAAAACGAGUUCAGCCAACGGUUGCGCGCUGUAGUGGAGAAGAGCCGAGACCACCGGUCCAAGGGUGCUGGCAGUAUUAUUGUGCCUCACCUGUACGUGGUGCGUGAGGAUGGUGAGCCUGGCCUCCGUCUUUGGGCGCAGACGAUGUUGGUGGAGGAUCGGGCGGAUCAGAGUGUGAGCUUGGAUCAGUGGAUGACCACUCUUCGGGAGAAGGUAUGA